AUGAAUCCCGAAACCGAAGAACUUCGUAAGAGGAGAUCAGAGCCUCAAGAGAUGACGGCAGAUGGUAGAGACGAAGAUGAAAUUGAUAGUAUUGAGCAACCUGUGUCAUCUAACGCAAAGGAGAAGAAGGGGAGUUCUAUAUUGGUACGAGUCAUAUCUGGAUUUGCAAUUCUGUUUGCCUUUAUUGGGAUCGUCUAUAUGGGUCACUAUCCUGUGAUUAUGUUAAUUACGGCUAUCCAAUUUGGACUCUUCUAUGAAUUGUUAAAUGUGCGCUACAAAGAAGCUGUAGAAAAGGAGAUUCCUCAUUUCCGAACUCUUCACUGGGUAAUUUUCAUGACGGCUAUGUUUAUUGUCUUUGGCAAGCAAUCAGCAGUUGGAAUGAUGCAUUAUAUUCCUUAUUUUGAAUUUGUUGUGAAGUAUCACUCGUUUAUUUCAGUGAUCCUCUACUCAAGUUUAUUCGUCAUUCUGGUUCUAAGUCUGAAAAAGGGGUACUUGAAAUAUCAAAUUGGUCAAAUUGCUUGGACAAUGCUAACAAUUAUCAUCGUAAUCUAUCAAGUUCGCGCAGCUGUCCCCAUGAUUAUGGACGGCAUCAUUUGGGUUGUUCUUCCGUGUAUGACUGUCGCCUUCAAUGACACCAUGGCUUAUUUUUUCGGAAUGGCUUUUGGAAGAAAGUUUAUCCCAUACCCGCUUACACCUCUUUCUCCUAACAAGAGUUGGGAGGGCUUUAUUGGUGGUGGAAUCGCUAGUAUAGUGAUUGGCGAGAUCAUGGCGUAUUAUUUCAAGGUUCCUCAUUUGUACUGUCCAUUCAAUAAGCCAAAUUGUCCUGUUCCGAACUAUUAUCUCUUGCACCAUUAUUCUUUCCCAUCGUGGCUUGCAGGAAUUCUUGGACGGACUGGAUUUGAUUUGGAACCCAUUUACAUUCACGAGUUUUUCCUUGCAUUGUUUGCUGCAUUGGUCGCCCCCUUUGGCGGAUUCUUUGCUUCUGCGAUAAAACGUGCUUAUGGAAAGAAGGACUUCAACUCUAUUAUUCCUGGACAUGGAGGUCUCAUGGAUCGAUUUGAUUGCCAAUUCAUCAUGUUGUACUUUACCUCGAUGUACUACAAUACGUUUAUUCGGUAG